AAUGUAUGUAAUCUAACGAUUUAUGUUCUCUAAGUGGCUUGUUUGAAGAUGUAUCAUUAUUUAUUUCUCCUCUGUUUAAUAUUUGUAAACGCAGAUCAAGAAUGUGACGUGAUCGAUUACGCACAGUGGAGCCCAAAUCCUCGCAAUGAACGUCCUCCUCUAUCGAAACCAGUGAAUUUGGUGAUCGUCCAGCACACUGCUACAGAAACUUGCUCUGAUGAUGAAUCGUGCAAAGUCAUUUUAAUAGCUGUCAGACAGAACCACAUUGAAAAACUUAAAUUCACUGAUAUUGGAAAUUCGUUCUACAUUGGUGGAAAUGGAAUGGUGUACGAAGGCGCUGGGUGGAAUAUUGGUGCGCACACACGAGGAUUCAAUGACAAGUCGAUUGGAGUGUCCUUCAUUGGAGAUUUUAGAGAUACACCUCCACCUAACGCAGCGUUGAAAGCGGUUCAAGAUUUUCUCUCAUGCAGUGUUAAGAAUGAAAAUUUGGAUGAAAAUUAUAUACUGGUUGGGCAUGGUCAGUUGUCCCCAACUAUAAGUCCUGGUGUUAAGCUUCAGGAGGUUAUAGAGACUUGGGAACAUUGGCGAGAUAAUUUGUUAUAAGUAUAAAUUACGUAAACGUACAACAUUUUCGCCUUAAAUUUCUGUUAAUUUAAGCAUGAGGCUAAUAGACUCGUAAAAGUUAAUUUACAGCUGCAUUUCUUUAAUUUAGUCAGCACUAUGUUAAUUUUAUGUUCUGUGAAGGAUUUUGGUUCGUUGAACUUAUCUGUCAAUCAAGAGUCUAUCUUCGUAUAGGUGGUCUAUUUGACUAAUUAUUGAAACGUUCGAUUUACUAUGAUAAUUUUUUUAAUGUUAAUG